AUGGCUGCGGAUCGCUAUCAAUCGCGGGGCACUCCCCUUAGGCACGUCAAUGCUGGGACGCCGAUGUCGGGCACAUUCCUGCAGGUUCUCUUCUUGGAUUCGUUCGUCCGUGUGCUAAGCAGGAAGUUCGAGCCUGCUAGUGGGCAUGAGGAGCGUGGGGGCGAUAAUGUAGUGUAUUGUUGGGCUGCACUGUUGUCGCGGCAAACAGUUGAGUCUGUGCUGAUGGUUGAGAACCGCAAUGCUAUGGAAACACGACCAGCGAUUGCGGUUCGGUUGACGGCGAUAUCGGACGAUCGAGGCAACGACGACAAGUGGGAUGCAAUGGCAGACCCCUUCAUGCUCCCCUCCACAUCAACGGUUCGCGAUAGGCUGAGGACGCAGAAAGGCGGCAGAGACAGGAAGAGCCCAGCACGAUGCCGCGCAAUCGACCAACCUCAACCUGCAAGCGAAGGUUGGGACAAAGUCAAGACGUCUCAAAGCGGGCACGACGAGAUCCUAUCAGCGUCCAUCUCGGCUGCCACCUCGGCCGCCUCCACUGUGGUUGCCUCCGCAUUCGCAGCCAGGGACGCCCAAACGCCAGCGAAAUCGGACGCCGAGAAGGCGACGUUGGAGCAACUGAUGGCGGAUUGGAAGAAGGCCGUCGAUGGGCAGUGGAGUAGCAUGCGCGUGAUGAAACGAGACGCUGCCGUCGAGCGCUGA